AUGCUGAAGCUGCUCUAUGUGCUGGUGCUGUGUGUGUCAGCCAACGAAGACUUCGACUGGACCAAGAAUGAACGCGGAUCCUUCUACUACGGCACUUUCCCAACUGGGUUUUCCUGGGGGGCUGGGGGCUCUGCGUACCAGACAGAAGGAGCCUGGGACAAGGAUGGCAAAGGGAUGAGCAUCUGGGACGUGUUCGCCCACAAGAAGGGAAAGAUCUUCCUCAACGACACCGCAGACCACUCCUGCGAAGGAUACUACAAGUUCAAGGAUGACAUCACCUUGAUGAAGGACAUGAAGUUUAACCACUAUCGUUUCUCCAUCUCCUGGCCAAGGAUAUUUCCCAACGGAAUCAAAGCUGAUCACAUCAACGAGAAGGGAAUUAAAUACUAUGAUGACCUGAUCAACAUGCUCCUGGACAAUAACAUCACACCAAUAGUCACCCUGUACCACUGGGAUCUGCCACAGGUCUUACAGGAGAAGUACGGUGGAUGGCAGAACGCCAGCAUGGUGAACUAUUUCAAUGACUUUGCCAACUUAUGCUUUGAGCGGUUUGGUGACAGAGUCAAAUACUGGAUCACCUUCAACAACCCAUGGUCUAGUGCUGUGGAGGGCUAUGAGACUGGAGAACAUGCACCUGGACUGAAGCUGAAGGGCACUGGGGCCUACAAAGCUGCCCACCACAUUAUCAAGGCACAUGCUAAGGUUUGGCACACCUAUGACACUCAAUGGAGAAGCAAACAGAAAGGCUUGGUUGGGAUCUCGUUGUUGGCAGACUGGGGGGAGCCAGUGGACAUCACCAACCAGAGAGACAUCGAGGCAGCAGAGAGAUAUGUCCAGUUCUACAUGGGCUGGUUCGCUACACCCAUCUUCAAUGGGGACUACCCUCAGGUCAUGAAAGACUACAUAGAGGAGGACACAGGUGUAGUAGACCUAAAUAGCCAAUGGCGCACCCUCAACACCGCCUCGGAGACAGCUCUUUAG